AUGCCGUUAGUGAAUCACGUUGAGCCGUACAUACCCGGUACGAUUCCGUUUAGCCAGUAUCUGGAGCAGAUGGACUGGAUUUUCAUCGAUAACAAGAUGUCGGAUGCGAAUGAACAGAAGGCAUCGUUUCUGGCGGCAUGCGGAAAGGACGUUUACAGCGAGUUGAAGCUUCUGUUUCCUGGAAAGGAUUUGAAAUUGGUGUCGUUUAAGGAGAUUACCGAUGCGUUGAAGAAGCGAUACGACAAAACUGAAAGCGACAUGAUCCAGCGUUACAAGUUUUAUCAACGAAUGCAAGGUUCUACCGAAAGUGCGGAGGAUUUCAUUCUCGCGGUGAAGCUACAAGCGGAGAUGUGUGAGUUUGGCGAAUUCAAGGACAUCGCAAUCCGCGACAAGUUUGUAUGUGGCAUUCGCGACCCGGAUGUUCAACAACGUUUGUUUGAUGAGGAAGGUCUGACGCUAGCCAAGGCGGAGAAGAUCAUCAUCAACAGGGAGCUAGCUGGAGUGAAUCGAAAGCUGGUUUCUCGUGAGUCCGGUCGAGUGAGUGUGUUGAACAGGCUUGGAGCCGUAGUCGUUCUGGUUCGUUUGAUCGUGGACAUCGUUCUUCAUCCCGAUCGCAGAAGUUUCCACUGCAGUUACUGUGGCAGAGAUGGUCACACACGUCGCUUCUGCUAUGACUUGAAGGAUAAGGUUAAGAAAUCUGUGAAGUUUGUGGAUUCUCCAGCAGCAAAGCCGAAGUUGACAGAGUACCAGAAGAGUUUGCGUCGUCGGCUGAACAGAUCUAUCUCGGAUGAUGAGGAGAUGGAUUUUUUGGUUGAAGGAGUACGAGUAGAUAUGGAGAUAGAUUGUGGAGCUGCAGUUUCCGUCGUCAGUAGAGAGACGUACGAGGGAGAAUUCGCCGAUAUUCCGUUGCAGAAGUGUACGAAGAAGUUGGCAGUGAUUAAUGGAAGUCGUUUGGUUGUUGAAGGACAGAUUCCGGUAACGGUUGAGCUGAAUGGACGACGUCAGGUCGUUAAACUGGUUGUUUUACGCUGUGGAAGCUCGUUUACACCGUUGUUAGGACGAGAUUGGCUGGAUAUCUUCUUCCCUGAAUGGAGGAAAACGUUUGGCAGUGGUGCAAACCUGAACCAGCUGUCUUUGCCGACUUCAGAGGAACGUGUCGUGGAAGAUAUUAAAAGUUUUGAGGCAGAUCUAGUGUUGAAAAAAGGAGCAGCACCGAUUUUCAAGCGUGCCUAUGACGUUCCAUUACGUUUAAAAGACAAAGUAGUCGAACAUUUAGAGAGUUUAGAGAAAGAUGGCGUCAUAACACCGAUCGAUGCAAGUGGAGUGGGCAUCACCGGUGAUUGUUGUAGUGAAGAAGGAUGGCGGAAUCAGGAUGGUGAUCGACUGUAA